AUGGUCUCCUCUACUAUCAACCACCUCCCGUUCGCCCUCCUCGCCGGCGCCAUUAUAUCUCCCGGCCAAGCACCCCUCCAAGACCCCCUGGGACCCCGCACCUCCUACGAUACCGAAACGCCCGGGCUGCUCUUUGCCGACAUUGCCACUACUGUUGAUGGCGGGGUCAAUGCCACUAAGGCCCAGCAGGCGGCUGCUCUGGUUGGAUGUGGCAGUGAUGGCGGCUUGCUGGGGGUGCGCGUCAACGCCUCAGACCCGACUUAUUCGGGUCCGGCCUACCCUGAGGGGUAUACUACCGAAGGGAUUCUCAUCAAGAUUCUGGCUUCGGGGGCGUAG